GAAAGAUGUAAUAGAGGGUGAUGUUGUUGGAGCAGGUUACCACUCCCUCGUAAAACAAUUGCAAAACAGAAUUGAAAAUGUGAGGCGCUCUUCGACCCCCAAAAUAAGAAAAAGAAAACAUCAGGAUGACUCAGACCACACAGACGAGAUCCCGUUAGAAGAGAGAGCAGCAAUGCAGGACACUUACGGCUGCAUCAGAUGGAAUGUGAAAUUUCUGCCACUUCAAGAAACUCAACAAAGCCAGCAGCAAAAGAUGGAAAAACUCAAGAUGAUGUUCCAAAAUUCUGACGCCAAUCCAGAGGAGGUAAAAUGUCUAAUGAAGUCCACUUUUUACACACAGCGUCAGCAUAUCAAUCAGGGAAAAAGUAUCAAAUGCCUUAGAGAGGAUUGGCCCUUUUUGUUUGAUGAACUUGGCAUGUCAGUACACUUCAUGGAACUCACUGGGAUUGACCUCAAAGAGACAUUCACACGAAAUUUGGAUUUGAAGGGAAAAAGGCUUCACGACUACUUGACCACAGUUUGUGUCAACAAGAGCAAGAAGUUCCUUCAGAAUUAUGCAAGGCUUCAGAGGAUGCGGGGACCACAGAGUGGCUGCUCAGAUGAUGUGAUAGAGAUGGUCCUGCUACUGCUCAGCUACUUUGAUGAGAAGGAGGAGUUCAUGUUCUUCCAUGUCGAAGAUAUGUGUCUGGCAGAGGAGGUCCAACUGGAGCAAGUGCCUCUGACACCCGCUGUUAUUGUCUGUGGACAGUCCUGCUAUUCCUCAACAAGGUAUAUGCUGUGUCUGGAUCGAAACCUUACCAACACAAACAUCUCCUCCUUCAUCCCUGCAUUGUGCCUCAUGUUCGGGAGCUACUACUGUUUUAAUAUCCACUAUCCAUCUGAGCUGGCUUCAACUCUGGAGUUUCUUCAACGGUGCUUUUUCUCGAUAAAUCCAGAAAAAGGAACCAAAGUAGAGAAUAAAAACAACAAGCGUCCUUUCAGCGUGAACCCACGAGUCCUCACCCUGAUACAGGAACUUGCCGAUCACGAGUGGCGUUGAGCCUAAAUGUGGACUCUGUCUGUGGAACUUCAGUAGGAAGUUCAGUAGGUUAAAUAAAACAAAAAAACAUUUAAUGUUCUUUACAUGUUGUAUAUGUUACAAAAAAAACUACUGUAUACUGUUGAACAUUCCAGACAAGAAAUGUCAGUUGUUGUUCAGUGUUUCAACCUGUAUUCAGUCAAAACAUCCAUUACUUGUUCCUUCUU